AUGACCACCAGCAUGCUGCUGCUCCCCCAACAACAGCACACCCCGCACGAGCCCCUUCCGCUCUACCGCCCCCGCGACCCGGAAACAGACUCCCUCCUCUCCUCCGCCCCCUCCUACCACUCCGACAUCCCGUCCUACCACUCUCGCCGCCCCAGCAGCUGCCACCUCGGCGUCGACGCCGUAGCCCCGCCGGAGCCGGUCUACUACGUCCACUCCUCGCUGCUGGACAUUUCUGCGCCGCCGCGGUGCGGCAGCAACACGGCCACCAUCACCAGCAGCAGCAACAGCAGUAGCAGCGGCAGUAGGCAAGAUCAAACCCGGAGCCAGGGACAGGAACAGCCACUGCCCCUCCGCCUCCUGCCAGGCCCGGGCCUCAGCCCCCCAGCUGCCACAGACACCCCAACCCCCCGCGUCUACCCCGUCCCCUCCCUAGGGCCCGCAAAGCACCGUCUGUACCACAACGUCGCGAGGCGGCGGGCGCUGCGGCGGCUGGGCGACAGCAAUGCUGGCACCAGUACCACCGCCGCCGCCACCGUCACUAUCACGAACCGCGGGAACGGUAGCGGCAGCAGCGGAGGAGGACCCCACGCGCCCUCGCCCGUCCCAGCCGCGAACGCGAACGAGAACGCGAACGAGGGCGCGGGGGAGGCGCCGUCACGCAGCGCAGACGCGGCCACAGCGACAGCGCGCGAACAGCAGCACCUCGCCCUCCUGGUAGCCGAGAGCGCAAGCUGGGACUUUAUGCGCGCGCAGCUGGCGGAGCGGGAGCACACACUGACGCUGCUGCCCGUGGAGCGAGAAAAUCGUGCUGUAGGCACACACCAUCCUCUUCCUGCUGGUGCUGGUGCUCCUACCAGAGCCGGCGGUCGCGGUGGCGGUGUAGCCCGCGCACUAAGCAGCAGCAGCAGAAGCAAGAGCUGGCGCGUUUUGGGGAGGGCGCUUUUGGGCAGUGCGGGUGCGGGCGCUGGUGGUGGGGGGAGGAGAGGGGAUACGGAGGGGAAGGGGAAGGGGAAGGCGGGUUGGGGACGCAGGAGGGGCUGGGCAAUUGGUGGGUUUAGGUUUGGGCGGUUUGUUUAG